AACAUCGAGUUUGUUCGAUUGCAAUUUACAGCGACAACGAUCUUGAUAUGGCGAAGAAGCUCUGUCCUGGCAUCGCCCCUGUCAACUUUGCUCAGGCCAAGAGGGAUUACCCAUCCCUGGAGUACGCGCUCGAAGCUGUGGAAGCCAAACCUGUUGCGACGUGGUACACAGACCGGAGUCAGUACCUGGCUGAGGCCACCGCGACGUUGGCGGCAUGUGCUCCGCGGAACGGCCGCCUCGACACCCUCCCCACCUUUGUCGUGUACGGCCUUCCCAACAAAGACUGCCACGGGAGCUUCUCUGGGGACGGGGUCAACCGGAACGCGGCCGACUACAUCGCGUUCGUGUCGAAAUUAGCGUCACUGGUCGGGAAACAGGACGUGCUGUACGUGCUCGAGCCCGACGCGAUGGGACUGCUUGCUGAGAGCCCGACCGCGUGCGGCUGGGACAACAACUACUUGCCCAACAUGGCCGCCGCCGUGACAGUGUUAACCAAGAACAAUCCCGCCGCCAAGUUGUACGUGGAUGUGGGAUGGUGGCUGUUCAAAGAACCCGCGCGAGUCGAGUCGCUGGUCGCGCUCAUGAAGGCGCUUGCGCAGGCCGGACCUGUCCGCGGGAUCGUCCUCAACACGUCCAAUUACCGAUCCAACGACGAGCUGCUCACGUGGUGCAAGGCAUUCGUCGAUGCGACUCCCGGCAUGAACUUCAAGUGCGUCUUCGACACAUCUCGGAACUUUCACGGCGCGUCGCCCACCGGCGAGUGGUGCAAUGCAAACACGGCCGGCAUUGGGGUGCCCCCCACCGACCAAACUGGGACCGACGUCGUCGAUUACUUUUUGUGGCUCAAGACUCCCGGCCAGUCGGACGGAGAGUGCAAUGUCGGUGUGAGUGCCGACGCGAUGCCAGGGCCAGCCGCCGGCCAGUUUUUUGAAAAAGGAUUCAGCAUGAUGUUCGACAACGGCUACUUUGUCGCCAAGGCAGGGUUGCCCAAGAUCGGCAAGUACGCUGUGGGCAAUGGGACGGCGGCGGUAGACGACGGAUCGUCCAUCUCGGGCGCGGCGAUCGGCAUCGUGGUCGGUGUCAUCGUGGCCAUGGCCCUUCUCGUGGUGGGCGGAGGCCUCUGGUUGAAGAAGCGCAAGUCCUCGAAGCGACAGCAGCCUCAACGACCAGCCAAAGGAACCACGCGACCGGCCACCGACCUGCAAACGCAAAUGUAGCCGACCUCCGAUAUGUGAACGCGUGUUUUUUUGCUUGG